ACGCACACAGAAUCAGCCACUUCACUUUCUUUGAGUUGAGUGUUAGGAGGGAAAGCAGACUCUGCAACAGCCAAUCAGCCUCAAAAGAACCUCACCAGCUGCAGCAGACAUGGCUCAGCGGUGGAGUGCCAAGCUCUUCUUUUGCAUCAUUUUCAUCACCUGCACGGUGACACUGGCUCAGAUCCCACUUGAUUGCUGUUUGGCGGUUAAAAACAGAACUCUAGACAAGACCCUUUUUGCAGACUACUACCCACAGGCUAAAGGCUGCAACAUUGAUGCCAUGAUUUUGGUUACCAGGAGAGAAAAGAACCUCUGUGUCCCUCCCCAUGAAGUCUGGGUGCAAAAGAUCAUGAGCCACAUUGAUUCGGUGAAGACGUGGUGCAAGAAAAAAAAUUACAAGGGAAAACGCUGCUUUGGAGUGAAGCCAGACGGGACCUUGUUUUGAUCCAACAGAAGGAGCAGCAAGUCAGAGAAAAGAAAGGGUGUAUCAGAAAUAAAUAUAAUCAUCGUGGUUCCCGGGAUACCUUCUGCUUUUUUUGGUUUGAGUUGCUAUAUCAAUAAAACAUUAUGAAAUACUAUGUUUUGUAGGGUUAUAUAAGGCCUGUAAAAUAAUUAUGUAGGAAAAUCUCCAAAUUUUGAUAGAGGUGUUGAGAGUGUAGCCAGCUCCAUAAGCUAACUUUUAUGUUUAAAAGCAGAAAUUUAUGGUUCAAUGGAUUUGAAUCUUGAUCUGCUCCAAAUAAAACCAUCACCCAAAUCCUGA